AUGGCUGCUGGUCCAGCUCUUGAUUGUAAUGGCGAAGCAGAUGUUGUACUAGCUAUACCAGCAUCUCGAACACAAGUACCACAAAGUGAAUUUGAUCUGUAUGAAGAUUUCUUGAUAGACAUGGUGAAUUAUUAUACCGUCAAGAAGGACAGAACCAAUGUAGGUUUAAUAAUUUAUGGAAGCGAACCAAUGGUCAUGAACGGAUUGAUGCCGAGCUUGAAUAAAAGAGACAUUUUUACUAGGAUAUCUCUUAUGGCACAGCGCGAGCUAUAUCACUUUAUGGCCGAGGGAUCCAAUGUAGUCAAAGCUAUGGAUUCUAUCAUCAAGCUACAUACAGAUAGUAAACGCAAGGUUCCCAAAAUUGGAGUCAUCUUAACUUAUGGAUCCGAUGAUUUAUCUGGAAUCACCAAUAUGGCUAUACGAGGUGCCGUGAUGAAGGCUGGUGAACGAGCUCGGGCAGCAGGAAUCACCAUGUUUGCGACCUCCCCUUUAAAGUUAACGGGUUUACAGUCACCAUCAGACAAACGUGCCCAACCUUUGUGGUCAAAACAUACCAAAGGCAACCGUUUUUUUAUGCAAAAAAUUUCCUAG